AUCAGUCAGUACCCAAGUAGCACUCCCAUGUUGGGCCAAUAUUGGGACAAUAACUACGAUUUAUUGGCCCAAGUCAGAUUCUCUAUGUUGGCCCAAUAAAAGAUGUGGACAUUCUGCUAUAUUUGUCCAAGAACGUAUGUCAAUAUAUACCCAAAAACAAAUACCAACGUUGGUACAAUAACGUAACCAAAUGUUGGCCCAAAAAGAAAUAAUCAAUAUCAUAUCAAGAACUUUAUGCAAUAUAGAGCCAAUUGAAAUUACCAAUAUUGGCCCGGAGACGUAUGUAAAUCUUGGCUUUAUAUUAUAUUUAAUUAAGGUAACGGACCAAUUAUAAGGACCGACUAAGAAGUGUUUUCUCUUUGCCGGACCAUCCGUGGACCCGUUUCGCUGUAUCACAAGUCAUCAGCAUGGUUAAGUCCCGCCAGGGUCCCGCAGAGAGAAAACAACCAAUUUUUGGCUUCAUCCUGGAACCAGGUUUAAGACAGGUAAAGUGAAGACAGAGUCUCCAUCUAUUUUUUGGUCGGCACAGCAAGUGCGCACAUUGAAUACCCUAUAUUGGACCAACAUUUUCAAUUCAGAAAAUCUAACCUUGGUAAAAAUUAGUAUGUAAAUAUUGGCCCUUCAUUGGGCUUUUCAAAAAGUAUCAAUAUUGCGAAAAAAUUGGAAAUAAAUAUUGGGUGUACAAAGUUUUUGAAGUGAAUUUAAAUAUCAAUAAAAAAUUGAAUGCCAAUAUUGAAUUAAUAUUAUAUUACAAUAUUGUUUCAAUAAUAUAAAAUGUAAUAUUUGGCCAAUAUUUCAUAAAUCAAUAUUGUAGUGAGAAGUCUUGGGCCAAUAUUCAAAUUACUGAAGAGUUAAUUAAUCUAUGAAAACAAUAUUGGUACAAGAUUAUUUUUAAAUAUUGUUUCCACAUAGUUAAAACUAACGUUGCCCCAAUAUUGUGUUGAUUUAGCAACAAAAAUAAAUAAAUAUUGGCCCAACUGCAAAACGAUGUUUACCCCAUAUUAUGUGCUACUUGGGUAGUUAGAGGAUUGAACUUAGAAAAUGAAAAUGGAGAGCGAAUUAUAAAAUACGGCUUGGUUUGUUUUGUUAAAUUAAUUUUAGGCUCUUCCUAGACUAAAAAUGUAGGUGGGAACGAUUUUUCACAGUAAAUAUUGAUGAAGUACUUCGAAAAAACGCAGGGGCCCUUAAAAUACCCAAUUAUAAUCAAUUUCAUGUCAGGUUUUCAAAAAAUAUACGUAGGUAGGUAUGUUUGUUUUUUUAUUUGCGACGAAUUAAUGACCAACGAAAUUUUUAUAAGCCACCAUUUGACAAGUAUGGGUUAAUUUCAUAUUAAUUGUUGAUAAAAUAAGUUCAAUAUUGGAUUUUCACAAAGUAAUUCGGUAAUAUUGAUCUUGGCAAAACAAUCAUGGCGAAAUCAAUGAAGUAACGAUAUAAAUAUUGGAAAGCUUUGUUUUGUGUUCUGCCAGUUUUUUAAAUAAUCCAUGAUUAAUAAUAAUAAUAAAUAAAAACCCUGUUACAAUAUAUUUGUUUACUAGAGGAAGGCGGAAGAAUGAGAUACUAAAAAAUAAGGUUAUGAUGUUAAGCCCAGACAUUGUUUACUAAAGUUUGCGAAGUUUUAUAGGAGAAGCCUAAUAUAAUUGAUCUCACCAAGAGUUUUAUAACAAAGUUAGACCAUUACUACAAUUUACCAGUUUCUAUAAGAGUGAUUAAUCACACUUCUAUAUAACUACGGGUAUUUUAGUUAUAUAGAUAAGGUAAUGGCAAACCUUAUAUAAAUUUGUUAUAAACACAUUGGUAACGGUUACUAAAAGUUUUAUAAAAUGGUGAUGGAGACAGUUAUAUCACCUUAUUAUAUACUUGUAAUUUACAGUAAUCAUAUAAAACCGUUAUAUAAAUACAUCAACAAAAGUUAAGACGGAUUAUAAAAAACUACGAGACUUUCGUAUAUACUUCUAUUACCUUUAUAUAACCAGUAUAAAACUUGGUGUUACUAUAAGUUGCGAAAAAUGUUUAUUGGGGUAGAAGCCCCAUGCUAUACGGUAUGGUGAGUGAUAGACAACUGGGGUCGCUCUUUCACCACGUUUCUUGGAUCUUGACAGUUUGUGGCACAGAUGUGUUAUAGUGAGAAUGGGAUACCUAAUCAAAAUGCUCAACAGCUACCUCAAAAAUAGGUUGAAGCCGACCAGCACAGAGCUGCCUAGGCGGGGGUCCUUGGGCUACUUUUAUCCCCAGUGCUAAUUAACAUUCUCACUAAUGACGUCUUCAAGUUAACUCACCGACCUAUUCGAGUGCUUUAUCAAGAUGGUUGCCAAGAAAAAAAAUUCUUACCCGUUCUUAUUUUUGCGGAGCACUCUGUUAGUUUUUCAAAAGUGAAUAGUUAUGUCGGGACACGGCAAACACGCAACCGUGCCCAUCAACCAGCUCGUUAGACCACCAGACAACGCCACCGUCGUCCGUAGCCGAAAAUUAAGCCAGAUCCGCAACACCUCCAUCUGAAGAUCCCGAUCCAGAUCCGGAGAAGAGGAACUUCGUGAAGGCAACAUCAGACUGAGAGCGUUUAAAGCUGACUAUGACAACAUGUCCGUGGAGAAGGAUCAGUUUAAGGAACAAAACUUCUCUCGAAAAAUUGAACAACCUAAAUCUCAAAAGAACAGCAAUAACUUAAAUUCUACAAUUAUCGAGCUUAACUCAAAAACUUCCCUAUAUUAUCGCCAAAUUAAACAAAAAAAUCAACCAAGUCCAAUCAUUUCUUAACAGUCAAAUCAAUCAACCAAUUCUAACUAAUACUGGAACUGAUGAUGAGGUGCUGACCCUUGGGCAGCGUAGUGGGGACCCAGUCCAUCCGAAUCGGCGACAUUUUUGGCCGAUUCGGACAUGGAGUCCGACUCUGGCUCCGCUGCUGAAAGGAGAGCCUUCACCACGGUAGAAGGUACAAAAAAUAAGAGGAGGAAAAAACGGCUCACUCCUGAUACCGACCAGCCCGUCCCCAAAAACACCCGAAAUUCUAACCACCUCUUCCUAACAAUCUCUUCACUUUCCUCCACUUUCCUCCCAGCACCAAUAUGCAACCCCCAUCAAUCCCACCAAACCACCCAACACGCCAAAAACCUCUACAAACCCUCCCACCAAUAGAAACCGAGUUCCCCGUAUUUCUCAGAGACAAGGCCAAAUACAACAGUAUAUGUAUUCACAUUGAAAGUGCCGAGCGACUAAAAAGCGGUAAGCGUUUUCGAGGACGAGAAUACCGGUGCAGGUCGCCUCUUAUCUAAAGUCACAAAACCUUCUCUAUGCUUAAAACGUCUCGGAAGGCAUCAAAAUCCGAUGGGCGUAAAAGCUAAAGACAAUUUUAAAAGCCAUACUGGAGCUGUUACCAGAAUUUAUGUUUAAAAAGAUGAAAAAUAUCUUGAUGAUGAAGAAAAUAAUGAGGAUGAAAUCUACUGUACAGGGUGAGGCUUCCAAUGAAACCAAUAAAGAAUCAAAUAUCGAGAAAGACAAAGAUUCUGAUGGGGAAUCCGAAAAUAAGGAAACAGAAACUGACGUGAAAGGCAAGCCUAAAAAUACCACAACAAGUUAUGAAUAUUACUCAGAUGAAAUAGAUGAAGACUUAGCUCCUCCGACUUCUUUUUACAACGACAAAAAUAAAUAUGAAGAUAUAUACAAUCCUUUUGAAGAUCAUCAAUUUGACUUUGAUGAAUUUUUGGAAAAGCUUGGUUCUACCACAUCAACAACUACUACCACUACCACCACAACAACCACUACAACAAAUAGGCCUAACGAAAAAAAAAAUCUCCGUUAAGGCAAGAAUCCCGACCCAUCGAAGUAAACAAGCCUAAGCCUAAACCAAAAAUGAAUAAUUUUGGAAAUUAUCAAGUAACUCCUAUGCCAAAUAUGCAUUUUAAGCUAGUGAAAAAUAACUUAUGUGAAGACUACUAUGAUAAUGAUGACGACUCACAAAGUAGAAAAAUAUAUUCGAGUAAAAUUAAACCUGGCGAAGCUCCUGAAACUCCUGUAUCUUCCGAUGAAUAUGGAUACUACUAUGAAGAAUAUGAUUAUCCAAAAUUGGAUAAAAGAAAUAGGUAAUUAACCGGUCAAGUCUCCUCAAUUGGAAACUGUAAAGUACUCAGCUAAGUAUCAAGAAUCAAAAAAUGGUGACAGAGGGAAAAAACUCUAAUACUGCUCUGCAAAAAAAUGGUCAGUACUUGAUUGAAACAGCGAUAUCAUCCACAACAGCAAAAUCCAAGAUACGACCGGUAACGAUGAAACCUAUAAUUAGUCCUGAUAAUAGUAGCAGAGAAAAGUAUAAUCAUUUAUCAGGCACUGGACAAUUUUCAAUCGAAACGUUGGCGCUAACAACGACACCAAAAAUAAAUACACCGCCAGCCAAAAAAGAACUACAGUACGACCUAUCCAGAAAUAGAAACAAAAACAAGAACAUACUACAUUGCGACUUUCAUCAAUAUCUAAUUAAGGCAGCACGAUUUGAUACUAGGUUCGGUGUAAACCAGCCCAACCCAAAAUUUACCACCUGAGUCAAUUUCUGCAAUAUUUGAUGUUGAUGAUCGCAUUCUUAUUGGAGGCGAUCUGGACGAGAAAUCUAGACCAGGAUCACCAACACAAGCGGUAUGCGCAUGAACAAUCUUGCGGAUGCUUUUAUUUAUACAACUAUUUCGCCUCACGAACCUGCUCAUUUUUCCUCUCGGGCACUCUCCGAAACUUUGGACAUUUUCGUCGCAAAAAACACCCAUUUAAUCUCAGAGUUCACUGGCGUCAUUCAUGAGCUGACCUCUGACCACCUCCCAGUGGUCGUCGAGUAUGGAAACCCAAACCUUGCAUCACAAGGCUUCACAGAAAUAAAUUACAUAAAUUGGGCUCGAUACCGAGGAUUGCUAGGGGAAGUCGACAUCUAAUUAAAUUUUCAACACUGACAAGAGAGAUCCACCUGGCUUUGGCUAUGUCCACUAUGACGAAGAUGUCUAGACUUACUUAAUAUGGAAUCCUGUCCCCCACAUAGGUCAUAGAUGCCAUCCGCCUAAGAAAUCGUAUUUGGAAAGGGCCUGUCAGAAUGACGACCCGGCCAUUAAGAGGCACGCAAAUCGCCUCUCCAACAACAUACGCUCGCUACUUAAAGAGCACUACUAUAACAACAAUUUUAGAAGGCACACAUCUGAAAUUUCGACGGAUGACAAUUCCGCAUUUAAAACCACAAAACAUUUAAUUAGAGGCGCCCGUUGCCCGCUUCCAAAUCUGGAAGUUGACUACCGGAUUGUGUGCUUUCCGAGCGAGAAAGCCGAGUUGUUUGACCCCCAAUUUUUUAGUCCAGUUUCGUGAAGACCCAGUGCAAAAUCCUGCAAAAGAAAACUCAAUCAAUUUAACGUGCAAAAUUCAGGAGGGCACGCCUUACAACCCUGACUUUGUCACUGUCGCCGAGGUGGGGAGUAUCCUUUCAGAAUUAAACGUCAAAAACUCAAAAAAGCCCGAGGUCUGGAUGCUGCUCCCAACAAAGCAUUAAAAAACGUCCCCAAAAUCAUUUUCGGCCAUAUAGCUAACGCCAUUUUUUCUCUCGGCCACUUUCCCCUCUCGUGGAAGGAGGCUGAGGUCAUUCUGAUUAGAAAGAGGAGUGAAAAUUCCAAACACAUUUCUUCCUACAGAUCCCUUAGCCUCCUCUCAAACAUUGGUAAGGUAGUUGAAAAGGUCAUUCAGGGACGUUUAAGGGAGCACGUCGAAAUUAACAACCUUCUCCCCUACGAACAACUGAGAUUCGUUUCUGAAUUGCGAACAGUGAACCAGACCACACGCAUGGUUUCAAAAAGUCUGAAAGGGUUCAAUAGGAGGCACCACACCGAAGUCAUCUAUUGGGACAUUGCUAAAGCUUUCGACAAGGCAAGUUUUGCCAUAGCAAAGGGCACUUAUUAUCGAAAUAAUAAGGCUUGCCUUCCCCAAGUACCUCACUAAAACCAUCAACAGCUAUCUCCAAAAUAGGAGGUUUUUAGUAGAGGCCGACCGGCAACGCUCACAUAAGGGCGGGGGCCCCCAAGGCUUUCCCCUCUCUCCAAUUUUGUUUAACAUUUUUGCCAGCGACAUCUCGAAGAGUAUACAUACAGCUCUUCUUCGCGGACGAUACCCCCAUCCUCACAUCAGCUAAUUGCAUACGAAUUAUGCUAGUAAGAGUUAACAGGCCCAUGUCUGAAAUAGAGAGAUGGAUGGCGGAUUGUAGAAUAAAACUCAUUCCUGCGAAGACUAGAGCUAUCAUGUUACUCGUCAGCCAAUAUUAGACCACAGGCUGAAUGUUGCCAGUACGCCAAUAAACAACAAAACCUGGGCCUUACCUUUAACAGGGGUCUGCACUGGGCAGAAAACACAGUAGCAAUUGUGGCGAGGGCGAAGGCACAAAUUGCUUGUUAAUACCCCAUUUUCAACAAAAACAGCCUUCUUUUCAUUAACAACAAUAUCACUCUUUGUAAAUCGAUGAUCAGAUCAAUAAUCAGCUAUAGGGUGGCGACCUGGGUCACCAGUGCGGCGACCCAUAGGUACAAGAUUCAGAGAAUUCAAAACAAAGAUCUAAAGAUCAUCGUGGACGCGCGGAGGUACACCCGAACUCAAGUGCGAUGGUCAUCAUAUUACAAUUGAGCAAUUUGUCGCCAAGCUCUUGACCAAUUACUACCAAAAAGCGGACGCCAAUCUGAUCCUCCUCGUCCGUGAUUCUCACACUGGCUCCAAGCCCCAAGAUAAGUACCCCCUCCCCAGAGACCUAUUAACCCCACAAUAAAACCCACGUUUUGACGUUUUUCCCUAAUAUGACACUAAUUUAGAGGUCCUCAUCCUUAAUUUUCAUUUUUCAUAAUUUAUAUUUUUGUUUAUCAUUCAGCUCACUUUUAAUUAAAAAGUUUAAUAGUUCGCCCUUGUACUAAACUAAAUACACGAUGAGAUCCAAAGUACAAAGGACUGUGGGACAUGCUGUAUAUCACUCCCUGAAAGGCACAUGUGUGAAUUUCAUAAAUGGAUAACGGACUGAAGAAUUGCGCUGAAUCAGGCAAAGACGAGGGAUGUGAUAUUUACAAGUGGAAGACCCUCAAUCGACAGAGGGCUUAGCGUGGCUGGAAAACCUAUUGAAUAAUCUUACGAUCUACUAUGAGCCAAAGAGAAUGUUGGUGAAUUGGGCAAUUAUCUCUGUUAAACAUGAAAUUUUAGAUGGUAAUAUUCAUAUAAAACAAAUCACAAAAACCUUUCCUGAAUUUCCAAAAACUGUAAGCCGGCACCUAGGACAAAAGCUGCUAGAGAGCGCUGAUACGUGAUACGACAGCUGUUCAAGUGCUGCAGAACAUUCUGGCCGACCUACCAUAGGACAUGGGGUAACAUGAAUGUCGUUCCCAUCCAACUGGGUAUCUGAGAGAGCUGGAAAAACUUAAAUCUCCUCUCUCAGAAUUCGAGCUUUACGAGAUCAUGGCAAAUAUAGAGGUGCAGUACGCGAAGGAGGGGGAGUUUUAGAGCAAAUUUUGUGAUAAAAUGAUAGCCGCGACGGGUCUCACUCAGAGACAGGUGAGAAGUAGAAAAGCCUUCCUAUAAGAAGUACCUUGAGCAGGCAAAAGCGAACCGGGUGAGGUUUCCUGGGGCCGGGUUCACUGCCAACAAACCUACUUCUUUUACUGAUACCCUAGUAGAUAGUCCUCUUUCACCUCGCAUGGAAGGCUCAUCCAUUAGCAGGUUGAACUAGACGUAGCAGCUACGCACAAAGUCCGAGGUGAACUUACCUUGGUGCAUAAUCUUCCAGCCCAAGCGUCACAGGUCCGCAACCGUGCUUCGCAUUCCGACUUCUCCUAGCAGGAGCGAUCCCGGUGGAUUACUAGGACCAAAGAUCCUCAUCCGGCUGCGACUGUGCUAAAGACUCCGUAGCUAAAGGACGGGACAGAGCACCCCAAGGUCCACUUCAACCAACUUCAACGGACUAACUCGCCUUUACUCGCGGGUUGGAACGAGCCCGUGAGCGCGGCGCAGUGUUACCAAUGUGUGAGCAUUUGCUCACAUUUGUGAGCAUUUUAUAGAUCGGGGGGUAAAAAUGGGAGCAUUGGCAAGAUGUGAGCAUUUUGUGGGCAUUAUUGGCAUUUAUUAACUGAAAAAAUUAAAUUCGUCACAGCACGAGUCCACGAUAGCCAUGUCAUAACUCGUGGCAUAUGGCAUAGCAAAGACCAAGCGCCUAACUUUUUAGGAAAGAAUUAUGUAUUUCACGUCACGUGUCAAGAUUGUCAAGAGGCCAUUUUAGAAACGCUGAUUCCAUCCAAGGAUGACACACACUCACUGC